AUGGAGUAUAUUACCAACCAAAAAGGUGGAAUAUUACUAAAAUAUAAAUCUUUCUUAUACCAAAAAGAACGUGAAACAACAGAUAAAAUUAUUUGGAGGUGUUUAGAAUACACAAAAAAAAAAUGCCGUGGACGUUUACAUUCUUCUGGUGAAGUUGUUCUUCAUACAACCGAUCAUAAUAAUCACGUUCCCGACAUAGGCAAAAUUGAAGCAAAAGAGGCUAUCCAAAAAUUAAAAGAAACGGCAAAAAAUACGCAACUAACAACUCACUGUGUUGUGGGGACUAUAACAUCUGAAAUUACACAAAGCGCAGCAGGACAACUACCGAGUUUAAAUCAAUUAAAGCGUACUGUUCAACGAAUUCGAAAAAUCGAAACAUGUGCUCCACCUAUUCCAAAAUCGUUAAACGAUCUUAUAAUACCAGACGAGUACAGGAAAACAACAAGUGGUGAGACUUUUUUACAGUAUGAUAGUGUUAAUUAUGACGGUUACCAUGAUAGGUUUUUAAUUUUUACAACUGAAACAAAUUUAAAGUUAAUGCAAAUAUGUGAACAUUGGUUGGCGGAUGGCACUUUUUCAUGCUCACCUCAUAUUUUUAAUCAACUUUACACAAUACACGGAGUUAGUUAUUCAAAUGUCGUACCAACUGCAUAUAUUUUACUACCAAAUAAGAAAGAAGAGACUUAUAAACGCAUGUUUCUUGCAUUAAAAUCCUUACAUCCACAACUCAGUCCAAAAUCUAUUAUGUUCGAUUUCGAAAAAGGUGCAAUGAAUGCUGCAAAAUGUGUAUUUCCUUCAGUCGAUAUAAAGGGCUGUUUUUUUCAUUUAUGUCAAAGUAUUUGGCGACAUAUACAGUCCAACGGAUUACAGUCCAAAUAUUCAAAUGAUUCCGAUUUUGCUCUUAAUUUGAGAAAACUAGCUGCACUUGCUUAUAUUCCAGAAAAUGAUGUAUUGUCCGCCUUUGAAACUUUACUCGAAUCUCAAUUUUACCAACAAGAAAUGUUAUCAAAUUUAAUUGAUUAUUUUGAAGAUACAUGGAUCGGUAGACCUAAUCGUAGAACUAGAAGAGCCCCUUUAUUUUCAAUUAAAAUUUGGAAUUGUUAUUCAAUGUUAGACGAUGAUAUUCCACGAACAAACAAUUCGGUUGAAGGUUGGCAUAAUUCUUUUAAUUCUAUGCUAAGUGCGCAUCAUCCAUCGAUUUGGGCAUUCAUUACUGCAUUAAAAAAAGAAGAAAGUUUAAACCGUUUCAAAAUUGAACAAUAUACUGCAGGAUUUGAACCACCAAAGAAAAAAAAAUAUAAAGAUUCCACAAUAAAACUGAAGAAAAUAUGUGAUGACUAUAAAAAUAGAUCAGUUGACGACUACUUACGUGGUAUAUCACACCAUUUCCAAUACCAACAAAUAUAA